AUGACAGGAAACUGCACCCCUGGGAGCAUGCCACUCACUCACCCUCAGACCGCUCACCUCCUGGGAGGAGAGGGCACCAUGACUAGGGUUCUGGGCUUCGGAAACCAUCUGUCCACCCCGAUCCUCGGGGCCCACCCACACCGGGUCAGAAUCAAGGCUACUUCCUCUGCAGGAACCCAGCGCGGCCACCACGGCCACCCUCACACGCGGCCACCUGCCCUUCUCCAGCGGGUGGCUUCCCCUCCAAGGGAAAACGUGAGUUCUGAGCAGGAAGGGUGUAUGGAUUCUCACGUCAUGGUAAUUGCAUGGAACACACAAAGAAACGAACAAUGGAAACUCAGGUCCGUCCCAAACUGGUUCUUCCUGACACCAGCCAGGGGGUUAGUGAAGCUUUCAGACGGGUCAACAUCGCUGUCGGCAAAGGGCUUCUAG